CAUGUGAAAAAUCAUAAAUUGAAAACUAUUUUUACGUAUUAUUUUCAUCGUACUGAUAUUGUUGUAAUAUUGCAGAACUAAGAUUUUAGUAAUUGUGAUUUCAUCCGUUGAGAAUAAAUCAAUCGAUAAUGAAUCAUUUUAAUUUUAUUGUGGAUAGUACUUUACACUAGUUUGCAUUAAUGUUACGAUAUAACCUCUUUCGUUGUAUUGCGAGCGUUAAAAUUUUGACAGUUUCCGAAUGAUAGAUUGUAUUCUACUGUUGCAGCGUUAGUUCGCAUGUAUAACAUUGUAAAUUAUGUAUAAAAGUAGAAACUCAGUGUGUAUCUGACGCACAAUGAAAUUACUGUGAUAAGCAGUUUAUGAAAGUAUUUUAAAAAAUGUCCGCAAUUAUAGAUGAUAAAGUGGUUGCAGGAGCGAAAUCCGCAAACAUUGUUAAAGAAGACCCCAUUGUAGCAUUGACGGAAAAAGUAAAUGCAUUAUAUUUUUUUCGAGAUCACUAUUUUGAAAAUCAUUCUAUCGAAGAAGCCAUUAAAAAGAAUGGUGAUGUAGAAAAAGAAAUGAAAGAUACUUUAAGUAAACUCGAUGAAUGUAAAGGAUAUGAAAUUGAUGGAUCACGAGCAAAAUAUUAUUACCUAAAAGGAAAAGCUUUAAAUGUUACAGAACGUUUUAUACCACAAGCAGAAGAGUUAUUAACAAAAGCAGUAAAAUUAGAACCUAACUUAGUAGAAGCAUGGAAUGAAUUAGGAGAAUGUUAUUGGAAAAACGAUGAUAUUCAACAAGCAAAAAAUUGUUUUGUUGGAGCUUUACGCCAUGGUAGAAAUAAAGUAUCCUUAAGAAAUUUAUCGAUGGUACUCAGACAAGAACCAGUCCCUAAUACUGAACAACGAAUACAAAAUAUACAGAAGGGAGUGGAAUAUGCUAAGGAAGCAGUCAGUCUUGAUACAUCAGAUGGUAUUUCUUGGGCAAUCUUAGGAAAUGCUUAUUUGUCUUCCUUUUUUACAAUAGCACAAAAUCCUGCAACUUUACGACUUUGCAUGUCAGCUUAUACACAAGCAGAAAAAGAUAUUGUAGCAGGAAGUAAUCCUGAUUUAUUUCACAAUAAGGCAGUGGCCUUAAAGUAUCAAGAAGAAUAUAGUUUAGCAUUAAAAUCUUUUGAGAGGGCAAUACUACUAGAUCCAGUAUGGGAAACACCUCAUAACAAAAGGGAUGAAUUGUUACAAUAUUUAAAAGAUGUACAAAAUUCAGUAAAUAAUAAUGGAAGAGUAAAACCGAAAAGAUUGUACCAAAUGAUAAGGGCAUUGGAUGUUAAACAUUUGGGACCAUACAAAGGUGGCUCUUUCACAUCUGGCCAAAAGACUGUAAAAUUAGAUUUAGUAUUACUUAAAGACCUAGCCCUCGGGCUAAAUCCAGAAAAAGUUAUAUUUGGGAAAGUAGUAUGUUGGAUACAAGACACCGAUUGUGUACCUUUCGCGUUUUGUCUCGUGGACGAAGAAAAAAUGUGUAUUGCUGUAACAGUAUACAAUCUUGCUAAAGGUCGUGGAGUAACCGUAGGAGAUUCUGUUGCUAUACCUGAACCAUGUGUGAUUCAUCAUAAGUUUUCUUAUCUCAAUAACGAUUUUGACUUCAAAUCUAUACGCGUCGAAACUCCAGUUAUAUUGGUUGUUAAUGGAAGAAAAUUAGGUAGAGAGCAACAAGCAUCUGCAAAAUUGCACACCUUUAAAAAGACCGAUUGAACUUAAUGCACAAAUGUUCGUUUACGAAUUUAUAGCGAAACGUAGCUAGUGAUGAGAUUUCCUUUUAUCUCGACUUUAAAUCAAUAUCACUGUUAAUAGACAAUGUGAUAUUCGAAUUUUGAAUCUGAGUAUUAAUAUAGUAUAUGAAUAGAAUCGAAUAAUCUUACCACAGUCAAUAUUUCUGGAGAUAGGUCAAUCCAUUUACAAUUGUUGCGCAUUUCCUUAGAAGAAUGUCAUGCAAGUUAGAAACGAUGAAAUUUAAAAAAGAAGCCUGUCUUUUUACACAGAACUUCGUUCAUAAGUAUCGUUAUAUUUUGUUUGUAAUAUGUUAAUUCGCAGAGAAGCUUGAAGAAUCCGAAUUUAUCGAUUUAUAUAAAAUUUUGUAUAUACAUAAUAAAACGCACUUCACUUAAAUGAUUGUAUCUUGUACAAUUUUAAUCGCACUCCUGGAUGCGAUCUAAUAAGCAAUAGAAACUUUACAUAUAGUAUAUCUACAAAAUUUUAUAAGAACAAGUGAGUACGCAUUCUUCAAGUUUCUUUCGUCAGCUCAAAAGUCAGUUCCAGAAUAUAGAAUAUAUAAUCGAAUUUUGUAUAAAAAUACUAAUUUUCACAAUACACCUAGGUGUAGUUUUAAUCUUCAAACAAAUAAUUUUCUUUUAAAAAAUAUUUAAACGUUCUGGAAUUUUUUUAUAUAGUUAUAGUUCUUUAAGAGGAAAGACAAAAGAUAAGCAAGCAUAAAAAUAAGAUAUAAUAACAUUUAAUGCUUAACAAGAUCAAAUAAACUGACUUUUUCUAUAAUUUUUAUUCAUCAGUCGUUCCAUCGUGCCAAUAAAAUAACUUUUGUUCGUUCGUUCGAAACAUACAAACUAACCAUUCUUUUAUACUCGAAUACUUAUAUCGAUUCAUUUCGAUAAAAAAAAAAGAAACGGUAACGUCCAUAAGUUCGUAAGGAUAGAACGUAUUAUAAAAUACACAAUGCGUAGAUUUAUUUUUAAAAACAUCGGUUUAUCAAAGUUCGAACACGCUCGAGAAGAAAAUCAACGCGAGAAAGAAGAAAAAAGAUCACGAGUUCUGUUUCUGCGUUUGUCGCUACGCCCUUGAAGAGCUUAAACGGGAAUGCAACAUAAAUUUAUUAAACCGGUAUCAAAAGCGAAACGACAAACAUGGAAGCAGGACGUCGCGCAUUUUUCAGUCACUUAUACGAAAAUUGCUUGUGAUGUACAUAUAUAUUUAAAACGUUUGUAUAAAAAUGUUUUCUAUUAUCGAUUAUAAUAUAAUAAAUACUUAUUUAAUAAUAA